CGAGCUCGAACGGAAUGAAACAAUUCAAAAUCAUUUGUUUCGCCUUUUAGGCUCCCAUUCACAUGUGCAGGUGGUAAUCUAUGCUUUGGGAAGCAUGGAAUACAGUUUUCAUCACAGUUUCAGCUUGCCGUAGUUCUCCUACUAAAACGAGAUUUUUCCAAUUGGAUUGGCAAUAUAGAAGUGUACGAUCCUGACUUUUCUUCAGCUGAUAUCAUAGUUUUAAAGGAACAGGGUUUUGAGGUUUUGAACAUUGAUGAAAAUUGUAAGAGGCAAGUUCAGAGACCAACAAUGUUCUACAUGCCUGUUCCUAGUUAUUGUCUUAUAGGCUACCUGCUGGGAGUGAACUGGUCUUCGUCUUGUAUUAACCAGAUUUUUCUUCUGACAAACUCAUUUCGUGAUGCGUUGACCACUAUUUCACCAUGUAGUUUGAAUAGAGAAACAGUGCAACACCUGGAGAGAAUUAUCCCCUUCACAACAGAGGUUGACAUAAAAACUAGCUAUGCAGAGAUCUAUACUAAUGUGUUCUCAAAAUUUGCCUGGCAUUUCUUUGAUGUGGAUCCCAACAUUGACAUGGAAACUUCACUGCCUGUGACUGAAAUUAUAGUAUAUAAAAGAAAUGACAAAGAAGACUGUUCUUGGUUGGAUAUGCAAAGGUCUCUUGAAGAAAAUAUUUUGGAAGACAUGCAAAUCGAUAUAAGCAGUGAGGGAUGGGCGCAAUUUUUUGGUGAAUAUCGUGGGCCUCGUCGUUUAAGAUGCAACUCCGUUCCUCCCCCUUCAGGUUGGAUUAAGCUAAACAUCUAUGGGAUUGGUAAAGCUGGUGAUCAGCAAGGACGAUAUAGUGGCGUCUUCCAAGAUGAAACUGGAAUCCUUUUAGGCAGCUACAGUUGUACCAUUCAUGUUGACGACAAUGUGAUUGCUGGACUGGAGGCCUUGAGGCACGGGUUAAUCAGAUGCACGGAAGGAAAGCCGAAUGCACAAAAGUUGAUUGUGGAGUCCGAUAAUUUUAUACUUGUCCAAUUUGUUAAUCGUCGCCCUGAGCCAAAAGAAAUAAUCAUGUCCAGGUUGAAAGAAAUUUUUGGCUUGAUGGAGCGUAUAACUUGUGUAAUUUACCAUGUCUAUGAAGAAGCCAAUGAAGCUGCUAGAGACUUGGCUCUGAGAGAUGAACGUCACAAUCGUGCAUAGAUAGCUUUGUUUUUGGCUCAAGGAUAGGGUGAGGCUUUCUAGGUUCAACUAUCCAGGUUUCAAAUGCAAUUUGCGUUCUGUGGAAGGUGAUGUUGCAGCAGACAUGGAUCCUGACAGUACGCAGUACACAUCACACCGACUUCUCAUUACUAUUUUUUUUGUUUGUCAAAUGAUGAUGAAUGCAACAUUGAAAAGCAAAAAAGAAAAAAGAGAAAAACAAAUGCAUUCCUGAGGACUAUAUGUUAACUAAUUUGUGCAAACUGAAGCAAUUUUUGUGAUCUAUGUUAAUGUUCAUUGAAUGUA